AUGGUUCAUCGGAUUGCAAUUAGAGCAACGUUCCUUCCUGCGAGCACAGGAACAGCUCUUACAUCGACCGGUAGCAUUGCACGAGCAGCACUUCAUAAUCCAGAGUUGUUCAAAAUUCAAACCGUCGACCGUUGCAAUGAAAACUAUGCGCGAGGUUAUUCUCGGAAGGCAUAUGCCUUGUUGCAACUUGGGAGACAUCAAGAGGUGAGGGAAACGUGCGAAGAAGGUUUGAAAGUGGAACCUACUAACGAGCAGCUAAAAGAAGCCUUGCAAGAGGCGGAGCAGAAUCUUCGAAGUACUGGUGAUCAGUCAGGAAAUCCAUUUGCCAGUCCAGAGAUGUGGGCCAAACUUGUUACUGAUCCUGUUACUAGGGAGUACUUACAGCAAGAUGAUUACAAGAUGAUGCUAGAGCAGCUACAAAGGAAUCCCAGUGCAAUAUCAAGUAUGCUGCAGGAUCCUAGAAUACAGAAGACUCUGAACGUUAUUCUUGGUAUUGACAUCAUGACACCAGAAGCAGCAGCUAGUCGAGCUAAAGAAAUGCAUGCAGAAGAAGAACAUUCAAACCCCCAGUCAGGUUCAGCUGCUGCACACGACGGAGAGAAGCAAGAAGAAACAAAGUCAGAGGAACAGAAAACAGACGAAAUAGAUGAGUCUGUUCGUGAGGCUGUAAACGAAAAGGAACUGGGCAAUGCUGCAUACAAGAACCGAGAGUUUGAAUCUGCUCUGCGUCAUUAUUCUAAAGCUGCUGAAUUAGAUCCGACCAACAUGACAUACUUGAGUAAUCGAGCAGCUGUUCACUUUGAAAUGCUUGACUAUGAUCACUGCAUCGAGGACUGCGAGGCAGCAGUUAAUGUUGGACGCGAACAAAGAGCAGAUUUUAAGUUGAUAGCAAAAGCUCUUGCCAGGAUCGGAAACGCUCAUUUCAAACAGGAGCAUUUGGAGGAUGCCAUCAAGUAUUAUGACAAGUCCCUUGCUGAGAACAGAGCAGAUGAAGUUCGGAAAAAGAGGCAACAAGUACAGAAAAUUAUAGAAGAGAAGAAGAUUAAAGAAUACAUCAAUCCUGAGAUAUCAUUGCAGGAAAAGGAAAAGGGCAAUGCAUGUUUCCAGAAAGGAGACUACCCAAUGGCAAUGAAACAUUAUCACGAGGCAAUAAAACGUAACCCGGAUGAUGCAAAACUUUAUAGUAACCGGGCGGCUUGCUACACUAAGCUUGCUGAAUUUCGACUUGGUUUAGAAGACUGUGAACAUUGCAUUAAAUUGGAUCCAACUUUUGUAAAGGGGUAUAUGAGAAAAGGGGCCAUUCUACUGGCUUUGAAAGAGCCCGUCAAGGCAAUGCAAGCAUAUGAAAAAGCACUUGAAAUAGAUCCGGAAAACCAGGAAGCGAAAGGUGGAAUAGCGAAUUGCCGCACGUCACAACCAAUGACGCCAGAGGAGGUGAAGCAAAGAGCAUUCAAUGACCCAGAAAUACGGCAAAUAUUUGCUGAUCCGGCAAUGCAGGUUAUUCUUCGUCAAAUGGAAGAGAACCCUGGAGCAUUAACAGAUCAUUUGAAGAACCCUCACAUUGCCCAGAAAAUUCAGAAACUUGUGGAAGCAGGAUUGAUUCAGAUUAGAUGAUGGGACGAUAGAUGGUAUAGUGAACUUUUUUCUGUUAAUGGUGUGUAGAGUUGUUAGUUUGUUGGUAGUGUUGAUAAGUCAUGCAUGAUCUGCAAGCAUUUGUGGUGAGAACAAGGCGACAAUAUAUACUCGUCAACAUUUGA